AAGAAGCCUAUAUAAACGGGGCGACUGCCGGUAGCACUUCACAGAAAUAGAUUUCCACCAACCUUAAGUUCCACCGAAAAAACAACCUCUUCUCACUGACCAUACUUCCCUACGGUAGUCCAACAGCUGAAAAUUAAUUAAUUACCAAUGGCUUUUAAAAGUUUAUGUCUGGGUGUGGCAAUAGUCUGCAGCAUUGUAUUUGUAAACGCAAUACCAAGGCAUCACAAUAUUCAAAAGCGAAGUAUAAAGCUAUGUGGUAGCAUGCUUGUUGAUGCCCUUGCAACAGUUUGCCAAAAUGAAUACUAUGAUCCAGCAGGCAGGCAAUUGCUCACAAAGAAAAGAAAUUAUGCAUACGUAGCAGAAAACUAUCCUGGUUAUGGUGAUGGAUCUCUAACAGAAUUCGAAGGAUUCGUCGAUCCACAAACUGCUUUGGAUUUUCUCGGACAACCCAGAAGCACCAGAGGAGUUGCGGAUGAAUGCUGCAGAAAAUCUUGCAGUUUCAGCCAGUUGCUGUCAUACUGCAAUCAUUCGGGUUUCAAAUAAACUGUACGAUCUUCACGCGAUGUGCUACCCGCGAAUUAUAAUGAUCAGUAGUUGGGUUGGAUGUUCCUCUCUAACUACUUCAACAACAGCCGUGAUUGUGUUUCUCAUUAUAGAAACAAUGGAUUCCUGGUUUAUGAUAAUCCGGAAUUCAGUGUUUUCGCUAAAGAAUGAGAAAAGAUGGGGGAAAUUUAUGCGGGUAAACGAUAAAUUGUAUUAUGACAUUCAGUAUUUCUAGAGAUGGAAAUUAAAAAAAAAAAUAUGAUUUAUUUUUCAAUUCUUAGACCAAGAAAAAAUUCGAUCAAAAUUUUUAAAUUUAAAAAUAGUACAAUUUUUUCUGUCCUAAUAUUCGGUGCUUCGUAUAAAGUGCCUUAAUGUAGGAAAAAAAUUAAAGAACCAAACCAAAACGUGUUCAUAAGUUUUUGUUCUGUUUUGUUUAUUUUAUGGAUGGUGUCCAUAGAAAGUCUAUUUUGAGUAGGUAUCGGUGAUUGUUUCAUUACCAUGCAGUAUUAUCAUCAGCGAUUUUGAGAAUUUAAUAAUUGUUAACAAAAAAAAAAUUGAGAUUGCGUUUGAGAUUUUUAGAAAAAAAAAUCUUAAAAUUAAUAGUAAAUAUUAUAUAGUACACGCAAGCCAGCUCAACUACUGAACAUUACCCACUGAUUAUAAAUAUUUGAUGAUGCAUUCAUUUUUCAUGAUGCAUAAAUCUUUGUACCUGGGAUUUGAAGAAUAUUUAAAAUUUCUUUCAUCUCAUCAAAGACUAUGACCACCUAUUAUAAAUUCAGAGUGUUUUGAAUCGUCUGUUCGACUCUUGUGUGAUUUAUUGUGUUUUCUUCACAGCACUUCAAUUUUUAAAUUAAACUGCACAUCUUAAUAUGUAGAUAUUUUGUCAUGCUUUCCAUUAAAUAUGUUUAUCAUCA